ACACUUUUGUUUUUUUUUCUUUUCCAGAUUACAGCAAAAGCAGCUGUCAUUUUUGUUACACUUCAGUAUAAUGUUACCAUUCCUGUCACAGAUGAACAAUCUGCAGAAACAAUCUCUCUGUAUCACUAUGGCAUCAAAGACUUGGCUACAAUUUUCUUUUACAUGCUCGUAGCAAUAAUCGUACAUGCUAUAAUUCAGGAGUAUGUACUGGAUAAAAUUAACAGGAAAAUGCACUUUUCAAAAACAAAGCAUAGCAAGUUCAAUGAGUCUGGGCAACUUAGUGCAUUCUACCUUUUCUCCUGUGUUUGGGGAACAAGUAUUCUUGUCUCUGAGAACUAUAUAUCAGAUCCAACCUCUCUGUGGAGGGACUAUCCGCACACUCUGAUUCCGUUUCAAAUGAAGUUUUUCUACAUCUUACAGUUGGCAUACUGGUUUCAUGCUUUUCCAGAAUUGUAUUUCCAGAAAACUAAAAAAGAAGAUAUCUUUCGCCAGAUUGUCUACAUUGGACUUUAUCUCUUUCAUAUUGCUGGAGCCUAUCUCCUGAAACUGACCCAUCUUGGACUUGUUCUGCUGGUAUUGCAUUACUUUGUUGAAUUUCUUUUCCACAUAUCACGUCUUUUCUACUUCAGCGAUGAAAGAUAUCAGAAAGGAUUUUCAUUGUGGGCAGUUCUUUUUGUUUUGGGAAGGCUUCUCACCUUGAUUCUCUCGGUCCUCACUUUUGGUUUUGGACUGGCAAGAGCGGAAGAUCAGCAGUUGAAUUUCAGUACUGGAAACUUUAAUAUCCUGGCUGUUAGAAUCAGUGUGCUGGCCUCUAUCUGCAUGACUCAGGCAUUUAUGAUGUGGAAGUUCAUUAAUUUCCAGCUUCGGAGGUGGAGAGAGCAUUCUUCUUCUCAGCCUCAGUCAGUGAAAAAGAAGUUCGUAACAGCUAAAGGAAAGACCUCCAGAAGAGAAAGAGAAAAUGGAAUAAAUGGAACAGUGACCUCAAAUGGAGCAGACUCGCCUCGUAGCAGGAAGGAUAAAUCCUCGUAAAACAGGGUUUUAUUAAGUUAAUUGACUAAUUGUCCCCAAAGAAUCUGCUUUUUACAUGGAUGGCCCUUCAGCACUAGAGAUGUUAUGGAUUAAAGAAAAUACAAUUCAUGUUUUUUGAUUAUUGCUGUUGUUUUGAGAAACUUUUUUUAAAAGCCAUUUUGACUAAGGAAAAAGGUUUAUCUGUCUUCAAAUACUUGGGGGGGAGGAAUACAACACUUUUUAAAUAACAUUGACACUUUUUUAAACAUUUAUUGUGAUGAAAUAACUUCACUUAAUGAGGAUCACUACUGCAGUGUAUUAUUUCCUUCCAAUUUUUGUAAUCUUGGUAAUAUAUACUGUUUUACCAACUUCACUUUUUCCAAGUUCUUCAAGAAGUGUUGCAAAAUUGAAGUAAAAACUUCAUAUGCAUUUUCAGAAUCUCUUGCUUUUCAGUUAAUUACCUUAAUUCAAAUUCACAGUUGAAAUUGAGAUUCCAAGACCACAUCCUUAAACCUCUUUAUUUUGUAGUUGCCAGCUACACAAUGCCUGCGCUAAGAAUUGCCCCAUAUCAUUAAACAAAGCUGAACU